AUGUCCCACAUGGUGGAUUGUAAUUUUCCUUUAGAUGCAAACAGAAAGAAAUGCGUCAAAUGUACAUGCGAAGCAUGCUUUACAGGUGUUGAUCCAAAGAAAGCCUGGUACUGUAAAGAAUGCUUUGUUUCGAUGGUUCGAAAUAAAUUUCGAUCAGCAUUGAGCAAAAGAAAAAUUUUCAAGAACACCGAUUCGAGGCAAACUCUGAUUGUGUUUGAUGGAUCUCCAUCAGCAGCAUUUCUACUGAAUCAAGUUAAUGAAGCUGUUCGAAAAAUCAAUUUUAAAAGGCUAAUGAUCGAGCCAGUGAUUCUUGUUCUCGUAUCCGUUACAAAAGUUUCUGUUUUGAAUGAAGUACUGAAAAAAAUUGCUGUGCUGAAAGUAAUUCUUCCAGAAAAUAUAAAGUGGUACUGCACUCACAUUGCCUUCAGUUUAAAAGAUAGUCGAGAGUUUGGUGAGGGGCUAAACUUUUGCAAUGGAGCAGAACAGAUAAAAGAAUAUGAAUAUAUUCUGUCAUCAAUAACUUCGGAAACGUAUAGACAGGAAUUGAAACGAAUUUUGAAGGAAAAAAGUCUUCGAAAUGUAUCAAGAAUUUUGAAAAUUGAUAAAAUUAUGGUCCCAGAGAAUGCUGAUGACCUAGGAAGGACUACAUUGUCCCAGUUAUGUUUAGGAAGAGGAGGUGCGGUAUCAUCUUUGACAUCAGUGAUUGACAAACGCUCAUAUUGUACCUUUAUUCGUCCACUUCGAGAUGUCAGUAAGAAGGAAAUUGGUAUAGUUAAUUAUCUGUGCAAUUAUGAGCAGCAUGCUAUUCAAAUAGAUCAAAAUGAUAUUUCGUCAAAUUCCAUACAGAGCCUUACAGAUAAGUUCAUAGUAAAUUUGGAGAAGGAAAAGUUUUAUUCUACUGUGAACACUGUAUUAAGCACUGCUGCAAAAAUCCACGCUCCCAAUAAUGAAAAAUCGCCCGAGAUGUGCACCUUAUGCGAAAUUGAAGCUAAAACUGAAGAAAGCCGUCUGUGUGCAACAUGUGAAGUUCUUAAUUUACAUUGUUCUAAGAAUACACUUGAAUUUAUUAUGCAGUAA